ACACUAACCCAUUCUAAAACCUUAAACACAUUUCAACAAACAGAAAUAUCAUUUGAUUAGAAUCACCCCCAUGGCUGCUCUUAAGAUGGUUAGCGUUCUUGUUGUGUGCAUGUUAGUGGCAGCUCCAAUGGCUACACAAGCCAUAACAUGUGGUCAAGUGGCAAGCUCCCUCGCCCCAUGCAUUAAUUAUCUCAAGGGUCAAGGUGCGCAAGCCCCUCCAGCAGCAUGCUGCAAUGGAGUGAAGGCCAUCAACAACGCUGCUAAAACCACCCCUGACCGUCAAACAGCUUGUAAUUGUUUGAAAUCAGCUGCCCGAGGCGUUUCUGGGCUCAACCCUAGCACAGCAGAGAGUCUCCCUAGUAAAUGUGGAGUUAGCAUUCCUUACAAGAUCAGCUUGUCCACAAACUGCGCCACCGUGAAGUGAGAUGAAUAGAAGACUUUGGGCGUGGAGAUAUGAUAGUAAUAUAGGAAUAAUAAUAAAAUCUCAGCUGCGCACCGCGGUUGGGAAGGGGUCUCCUCUCCGCUUUAGCGAGGCUCUUACUUGUUAGUGUAAUUUUGUGUUUUAAGUUAUUUCCCGUGGGUAGUGUGUCAUAAAUGAGAUCUAUAUAAUACAUAUUUGUUGGAUUGCUGAUCA